AUUUAUUUUAGAAAAUAUCAUUUUAAUAUGCUCCUUUCUACAUCGAAACUUACAACAUCAAAAUUAUAAAGAUCAUAAUUAUCAUAAUUAUCGAGUCCCUAGAGAUCAAAUGUCAAUUAUCUCAGUUAAGAGUUAGAUUCACCUGCUAGAUAAAGAAUCAAGUUAUUAUCUGAUAAAUGGAAUCACAUUUAGAAUGGUAUUGAUAAGGAUAAAUUGGAAAAGAGAGAAGUAUUAGAGGAGAGAAUAAAAAUAAUUGAAGAUGUUCUAUCAUAAGAAAAACCAAAAGAUGAAUAAAGAUUUAAGGUGCUAAAAGAUCAAGUAUUAAAAUUGUAAGAUCAUGCACAUAAUCAAAAAUCUGAAAGAGAAGUAUUAAUUAUUUAUUAGAAUAGGCAUUUGAUGAUAAAAAAGAGAAAGAUUUUAGAAUAUUAUCUGAUAAUGUUGCACUUUCUUUUGAGUAAGAAAAAAAUUCAAGAGGAAUUGCAGAAACAAAACUCUAAAAAUAAAUUGAUGAAAGAUUUGCAUAAAUUACUUUGACUAUAACUAGAAACACUCAUUAAUAUGAAGAUAGAAGUCAAGCUAAAAUAGCAGAAGUCUUAUAAUAAGUUUAAGUAGUAAAAAACUAAUUGGAUUAAGAAAGAUAAUCAAGGUAUUUAAUAUAUAAAUUAUUAAAUAGAGAAGAAUCUGCUGAAUCAUUAACUGAAUAAAUUGAUUCAGAAAUUAAUAAAUUUUCAGAUUAAUUACUUAUUGAAAAGAAAGUUAGAGAAGAAACAUAAGGAAAGAUAUUUAGAAUGAUUGAAGAUGUUCAUGGAAAAUUAUAACAAGAUAUUAAUUUUGAAAGAAGAGAGAGAGAAGCUACAACUGAAGCUUUAUUAAAAUUAUUGGAAGAUGCAUGCAUUAAAAUUGAUAAAAAUUUUAGAUCAUUCUGAUUUAGCA